UGCGUUCUCGACGAUAAGGUUCUAAUAGUAGGGACCGGUUCCAUAACUAGCAGACGACCAAAUCUAGCAGACGGCGCAUAGCUAGCGUCGUUCGCGGGCGCCCGUGACUUUGUUUUAAAUCGAAGAUUUGUUGAACGCCGAAAGACACGAUCUCCGUGAACAAAAAAGCCAUAGUGUAUCCCGGGGCAAGUGAAAAUCAAUCAAAAUGGAUCCCGAAGCAUUCCUCGACAUGGCCAAUCAGGUCAUUAAAUUGAAAAUGUUCCCGUACUUCGAUAUCGCACACUCCGUACUCUGUGCGUUACACGUCAGAGAAGAUUUAGGACCCGGUGCUCAAGCAUUUUCUCGGAAACAUCCUCUAUCAUGUUGGCUUUCAACAAUGUUGGUAGUAUUUGCAAGCGGUAUGCUAUGCAAUGGUCUUUUAGGGGAACCAAUUCUUGCACCUUUGAAAAAUACACCACAAGUGGUAGUUGCAACUAUUGUUUGGUAUGUGAUAUUUUAUACACCAUUUGAUAUUGGAUACAAGGUAGCCAAGUUUUUACCUGUAAAAAUUGUAUGUGCUACUAUGAAGGAAAUAUAUAGGUGUAAAAAGAUAUAUGAUGGAGUAACUCAUGCUGGAAAACUUUAUCCAAAUGCAUAUCUUAUUAUGAUAUUAAUUGGAACACUGAAAGGAAAUGGUGCAGGUUUCACAAAACUGUUUGAACGCCUGAUACGAGGAGUGUGGACGCCAACUGCUAUGGAAUUUAUGCAACCAAGCUUCCCUACAAAAGCAUCGAUGGUUGCGUCAAUUAUCUUCGUCCUAGACAAAAAGACUGACCUAAUCUCCGCACCUCACGCAUUGGUUUACUUUGGUAUAGUUAUCUUCUGCGUCUAUUUUAAGCUGUCGUCUAUUUUGCUCGGAAUCCAUGAUCCAUUCGUGCCAUUCGAAAAUCUGUUUUGUGCGUUGUUCCUCGGAGGAAUUUGGGAUUCGUUAGCCAAAUUGCUGGGCCGUGGCCAAGCUAAAGACGAGAAAGCGGAUGCCAAGAAAAAGGACUAA